AUGGAAAUUCGAGAAAAGGACCGUGAACUUUUGACGCUAAAUACACAUCUUGGACUUUACCAACCAACACGUCUCAUGUACGGCGUGUCUUCUGCACCAGCGAUUUUCCAACGUGAAAUUUCACAGUUGCUUGGAGAUAUUCCCGGAGUAUCAGUUUUCCUAGAUGACAUUAAAGUGACUGCUCCAGACGAUGAAUCACAUUUACGGCGACUUAGAAUGAUUCUGAAGAAAUUAGACGAUCACGGAUUACGAUUAAACGUGGCGAAGUGUGAGUUUUUCGCUGAUCGCAUCGAAUACUGCGGUUUCGUAAUUGAUAGAGAAGGAAUUCGGAAAAUGAAAACCAAAAUGGAUGCUAUCCAGGAGAUGCCUAGACCUCGAAACCGGGAACAAGUUCGAGCGUUCGUAGGUCUAAUAAACUAUUAUGGGCGAUUCAUGAAGAAUCUUAGCUCUCGGAUUUACCCCAUAAACAACUUGUUGAAGGAGAAUGUGCCGUUUCUGUGGAAUGACGAUUGUGAUAAGGCGUUUUGCUGGGUCAAAAAUGAAAUCCAGUCAGAUAGUGUUCUGGUACAUUACGAUCCUAAACAUCCACUUGUACUUGCAACCGAUGCAUCGCCUUAUGGUGUGGGUGCCGUAUUGAGCCACCUGUACCCGGAUGGAACAGAACGACCGAUACAUUACGCGUCGCAAACACUAAAUAUAUCUCAACAAAACUAUAUACAAGUCGACAAAGAGGCGUAUGCAAUCAUUUUUGGUGUGAAAAAGUUUUACCAAUAUAUUUAUGGUCGAAAGUUCAUUCUUGUAACCGAUAACAAAGCUGUUACUCAGAUCUUGGCACCUCACAAAGGACUUCCGGCCUUCAGUGCUUUACGAAUGCAGCAUUAUGCUGUCUUCCUCGAGUCUUUCGAUUAUGAAAUACGUUUCCGGCCUUCGAAGGAGAAUGCAAAUGCGGAUGCGAUGUCUCGGCUACCAAUUCAUGAUUCGAACAACCUACACCGAAUCGAGGAAGUGGACCUCGUCGAAGUAAAUCAAAUCGCAACCUUACCUGUUACAGCAGAAGACCUGGCGAAAUGCACAAAAGAUGACUCUAGCGUGGAAAAUCUGAUUCAAGGACUGAAAUUCGGAAGAACUGUUGAAGGUCGGGAUAGAUUCGGUAUCAACCAGUGUAAGUUCUCAAUACAGAAGGGUUGUCUGAUGAGGGGAAUAAGAGUCUACAUCCCUCCCAAGCUACGGCGACCAGUGCUUGAAGAACUGCAUUUAGGACACUUUGGUAUAUCCAGAAUGAAAUCAUUGGCUCGAUCGUAUUGCUGGUGGGAAACUGUUGAUUGUGACAUUGAGAAAUUAGCAAAAGACUGCUGUGAGUGUGCCAGAGUACAGAAAAAUCCCACGAAGGUUUCAACGCACUGCUGGGAAAAAGCCACAGAACCAUUCCAACGGAUUCACGUGGAUUUUGCGGGACCAUUCCAAGGAUUGUGA